UGUUUACAGGGGAGCCUUGGGUGGUGGAGCAUUGCAAUAUAUUUUCUGCGUUGUAGAUUGAUUAAACACUACAACUACACAGUACUAACACACGUACGCGAUCACACGUCUGGUAACAAAAUUUGGUGCUGAACGAGAGGAAGAGAAAAAAAGAAAGAAGGCUGCGAAAAGUUUUUUACCCUUUGAACGUUCGUUUUGAACAAGUUUUCUCGUUAAUUACAAUUAGUUUUGGCACGUGAAAAACCGUGACACCGUUCCGAAAUGUCAUGUUAGAUAUAAAUUUCCUGUAGAGAAGAUUGCUGGACCAAGUGCUGCUGAUGUGGGUGCGAAAAAAUAUCAAUGACGAAACCAAGUAAGCUGUAUUGAAUUGGAUCAAAAGUGUGUGGAUAUUUGCUUUAUUCGAUUGGUCGAAUCACAAUUAGCAGGAAAUUCGAAAGAGGUAAUCCGAGCAAAACAAGCCAGAGUAGAAGGUUGGCAGGAGCAAGAAAAAAAUAAAGAUGGAUUCCGACGAUGAGAGUUUCGAUGGGCACGACUCCGGAAAUGUUUCUAGCGGGGACGAUGACUUCGCGAUGGAUGUGGAUAUCAACAACCCUCGCGACCGUGGACAACAGGAAGAGGAUUACCCGUACGAAGUGUUAACCACGGAGGAGAUCGUCCAGCAUAUGGUGGACUGCAUUAAGGAUGUUAACACUGUAGUGGAGAUACCCGCGACGACGACCCGGAUACUGCUAAAUCACUUCAAGUGGGACAAAGAAAAACUAAUGGAACGAUUCUACGAUGGCGACCAGGAAAAGCUGUUCAAGGAUGCGCACGUAAUCAACCCAUUUCGAAAACCGAGCACAGUCAGUAAGCCAAAGAUCAAAAAGUCUGGAACGGAGGAUUGUGAGAUUUGUUAUUCGUCAUUUCCCCCCAGUAUGAUGACUGGGUUGGAAUGCGGUCACCGUUUCUGUACGCAAUGCUGGCAAGAGUACCUGACUACCAAGAUCGUCGAAGAGGGACUGGGCCAGUCAAUUGCAUGUGCGGCUCAUGGGUGCGAUAUCCUUGUGGACGACGUGACCGUAAUGCGGUUAGUGCAGGACCCGCGUGUCAAGCUCAAAUAUCAGCAUCUGAUCACGAAUAGCUUUGUUGAAUGUAAUCGUCUCCUGCGCUGGUGUCCCUCGGUGGAUUGCAACUAUGCGCUCAAAGUGCAGUAUGUCGAUCCCCGUCCGGUCGUGUGCAAGUGUAAUCACGUGUUUUGCUUCGAGUGCGGCGAGAAUUGGCACGACCCAGUUCAGUGCCGUCUACUGAAAAAAUGGAUUAAAAAGUGCGAUGACGAUUCGGAGACGUCCAACUGGAUAGCCGCCAACACCAAGGAGUGUCCGAAAUGCAAUGUCACGAUCGAAAAGGAUGGUGGCUGCAAUCACAUGGUAUGUAAAAAUCAAAACUGCAAGUACGAUUUCUGCUGGGUUUGCUUAGGAUCUUGGGAACCUCACGGUUCAUCUUGGUAUAACUGCAAUCGUUACGAUGAGGACGAGGCACGCGCAGCACGUGAUGCUCAAGAAAAGUUUAGAUCGUCUUUGGCAAGAUACCUGCAUUACUACAACCGUUACAUGAACCACAUGCAAUCGCUGAAGUUCGAACACAAACUGUACGCUUCGGUUAAAGCCAAAAUGGAAGAAAUGCAGCAGCAUAAUAUGUCAUGGAUUGAGGUUCAAUUCCUGAAGAAAGCUGUGGACAUUCUCUGCCAGUGCCGCCAAACGCUCAUGUGCACCUAUGUGUUUGCUUACUACCUGCGAAAAAAUAAUCAAUCGCUUAUCUUCGAGGAUAAUCAGAAGGAUCUAGAAACGGCCACGGAGAAGCUUUCCGAGUUCUUGGAACGUGAUAUUACGUCGGAAAAUCUAGCCGACAUCAAACAGAAAGUACAAGACAAAUAUCGGUACUGCGAAAAGCGUCGGAAGGUGUUGUUAGAUCACGUGCACGAAGGCUAUGAAAAAGAUUGGUGGGAUUACACCGAUUGAUAAAAUAUUUUCAUCGACGACGACGGGGGUUUCCCUCCCGGGAUUCUCCAAACAAGUAGAAUCCAUAUUGGCACACACUCAAAAUCGAAUGAGUGAUGGUGAGUCAGGAAAAAAAAACGCAAAAAAAUGUAAUAGAAAAAUCAAAUAUUGGCGACCCAAACAUUACAGCUACAGCACAGCUUAUCGACAGAAAUAGCAAAACAUGAAAAAAAAUCUUGAAAGUAUUGACCACAAACAAGGCGUGCUUUCAUUUUCGCUGUAAGCAUCAGAUUAUCAGAUUGUUUAGGAGAAAACACGGAAGUCGAAAUAUGUGUAAUGCUAAUGAUUAAGAAGUUCUGUUGUUAUUUAUCUGUUCUUUCUCGUUCAUUUUCGCGUAUUCGAUUUGCUCACUUAGAGGUAUAUCGGAUCAAAAGUUUGAGAGGAAAUAGCAAAGUAAAAAUUGAUUUGAAAGUGUACAUACAUUAGCGAUAUUCAUCAUUUCGAUGAACACACUGCAAACGUUCUUUGUAUAAAGUGUUUACAAGUUUGGUUUAGAGCGAGAGAUGGAAAAAAUGUUUGAAAUAAUCGAAGACUACUGGGUCAUAAGCAAAGAACUAGGUCCGCAAAUUUACGAUCAAUCUCAAGCCUACAAACUUUGACAAUUGUGCAAAUCACAGUAUGUAUUCAGAUUAGGAAACUCUAAAAAACAUGGAGCUAGUUUUUGCAUAAACCGAGAUUUAUACACAUUCAAGUUCUUUGCAUGCGGGGAAUACGUGCCGCGUUAAAAGCCUGUUGAAAUUCUUUUGCGCUCAAGUGUCUGCUGUUAAAAAACAUCCGCGUAAAAUAGACUUACACUUUUUUGCGAGAAUAGAUUCUUUCUUAAACCAGUACUCUUUGCAAAGUCUAAAUUGUGAGCAGCAUGAACAUAAAUUGAGUAGUGCUAUGUAAAAUCGUAAACACAUGAUCUUUAUUUUCUCUUUUCCCCAUUUCCUAUCAGUUCAAAAUAUUGCCCAGCUACAUAACCUUAUCUAUAUUUAGUAUAGCCUUUCAAUUAGGUUAUCUCAGGUUUAAACCUUUGCCUAUGAUUAAUCUUGUUUCAAUCUAACGUAUAGUGAAAAUUAUUGCGCUACGAUUAGUGAACAAACUUCUAUUCAUAGUUUAUGGUUUCAUUACAAUCAGAAAAUUCAAUAUUCGUUAAGACUGUAUUUCUGUUUUAGUAUUCUAAAUUAGCAUUCUAUUUUGCAAACUGCGAUUUCUCUCUCUACAAACGAUUUUAACAUUGUGUUCUUAUUUAUUUGCCUAUACAGUACGAACAACAUCAGUGUACACGGUAAAAGAUUCCCCCCGUCCUUGUUCCCCUCGCAAGCUUUUUUUAGGACGCUUAGAACGGAUUUAAACAGAAAAUAAAAUUCAUUGAAAUAAAGUUUUUGAAAAAGUGAUAUAAAAUUUUAACGAAAAGGAAACUAAAAAAAAGAUUAUAUAUAUAAAGAAAGUGAUGUGAAAGAGAGAUAUAUAAUAAAACUGAACAUAAUUGAGAAAGUAACCAAUUAUAUACGGAUGAUGAAGUGGAUAUGUUAGCCCUUGUCAUUUUCUCAUUUGUUGAUUACAGAGAUAAAUGAAUUACUACAAACAUGAUAAAUGCAGUGUAAACCCGAUCGGAUCAAAGAGCAGAAUAAAUAAGAGCUAAAAUUGAAA